GUUAGUCGGAAAUGGGAAAACCCUGAGCCGUGAGGUUGUCGCUGCUGGCUUCACUGGAGUAUAGAGAGUUACACGACGGCAAAGAGAGGGAAGAACAAGCAACCCUGGAGUUUUAUGCAGAGGAGACGUUAGUUCUUGGAGUUUUUCGCUAUGAGCUGGGGAACGGAUCUUUGGGACCAGUUCGAGAAUCUCGACAAACACACGCAGUGGGGGAUCGACUUCCUAGAGCGCUAUGCAAAGUUCGUCAAGGAGCGUCUGGAGAUCGAGCAGGUCUAUGCAAAGCAGCUACGGAGUCUGGUUAAGAAAUAUUGCCCCAAGCGCGCCAAAGAGGAUGAGCCCAGGUUCACAUCCUGUAUUUCAUUCUACUCCAUACUGAACGAGCUGAAUGACUACGCAGGUCAGCGAGAGGUCGUUGCCGAGGAGAUGGGGCACAAAGUGUAUGGGGAGCUGAUGAGGUACUCACAGGACCUGAAGGCAGAGAGGAAACAUCAUCUCCAGGAGGGACGGAAGACACAACAGUAUCUAGACCAGUGCUGGAAACACAUGGACAAUAGUAAAAAGAAGUUUGAACGAGAAUGCAAAGAGGCAGAAAAAUCACAAAUGAUCUACGACAGGCUAGACAAUGACAUCAACGCCACAAAGUCAGAGGUGGAAAAGGCAAAGUCCCAGCUGUAUCUGAGACAACACAUGGCGGAGGAGAGCAAGAACGAGUAUGCAGCCCAGUUGCAGAACUUUAAUGCUGAACAGUGGAAGCAUUUCAACGUGGCCAUCCCUCAAAUAUUCAAGAAUCUGCAGGACAUGGAUGAACGGCGGACGGUCAAGCUUGGGGAGACGUACCGGAGUUUUGCCGAUGUGGAACGAAGAGUCAUUCCCAUUGUCUCAAAAUGCCUGGAGGGCAUGGUGACCGCUGCUAAAAAUGUGGAUGAGCGUAGGGAUUCUGGGAUUGUAGUGGAGUCGUUCAAGUCGGGGUUUGAACCCCCGGUUGAUUUCCCUUUUGAGGACUUCAGUCAGAACAUCCAGCGAACAGGAUCAGAUAGCACCAUUGGGACCCCCAAAACAGAGGGAGGCAAACCGGACCCCAAACACGCGAUUAGCAGGACCAAAAACAAACUCUGGCUUUUUGGGAAGAAACCCAAGCUUCCCCCAUCCAACCCUCCUCCUUCCCGCCCAAGUAUUCCCUCUGGCCAUAUCCAGCCUCCUAAAUUCACAAAAGAGCGAAAGGCUAACCAUCUAUCUGAAGUGAGAAAUGCAAAAUCUAAGAUUCCAUCCUUCCGAACUGUGAAAAGAGGGGCGCCAACACUAGAGGAUCUCAGCCAUCUUCCCCCUGAACAGAGACGCAAAAAACUUCAACAGAGGAUCGAUGAGCUAAACAAAGAACUACAGAAAGAAAUGGACCAAAGAGAUGCUCUUAACAAAAUGAAAGACGUCUAUGAGAAGAAUCCUCAGAUGGGAGAUCCUGGAAGUCUCCAGCCCAAGAUUUCAGAGACCAUAUGCAACAUGGAGAAACUCCGCUCUGAGAUCCAUAAAAAUGAGAGUUGGCUGGCAGAGGUUGAAGGGAAGCAUGGGUCCCGUGGUGAGCGGCGGCCCAGUGCGGAUGUGAACCACCACACGCCCCACGGCAGAGAGAGCCCUGAAGGCAGUUACACAGAUGAUCACAGUCAGGAGCAUCGGUCUCCACCACAGCCAGACCCUCACGAAUUUGAUGACGAGUUUGACGAUGACGAUCCUCUCCCUGCCAUCGGCCACUGCAAAGCUCUCUACUCUUUUGAUGGCUCUAACGAAGGCACGCUGGUUAUGAACGAGAACGAGGUGCUGUACGUCAUAGAGGAAGAUAAAGGCGACGGAUGGACACGGGUUCGGAAAAAUAGCGGAGUGGAGGGCUACGUCCCCACGUCCUACGUGGAGAUCACACUGGAGAAAAACAGCAAAGGUUCCUGAUUGGAUGAGUGGGGUUCUGUGGUGUUUGGUGGACGGGACUCACUGCUGUGGGUCUGUUAGUGGGGCGGUGGGGCGAUUUUAAGACCGAAAUUGUGUUGGGGCAGGUUGCAUGUGUGCAUGCUGUUCGUCAUGGCCAUUAACAUCAUUCCAUUGCAGCAGACAUUCCAGGGAUAUUGGAGAACCUAAAGAGAGUCGUUGCCUGGCACUAACAUAUUCAGGGGAAUGUUUCGCCUGUACCAUCUUUUCAUGUUCAUCAUAACAUGCACCUGCAUGAUCCACAGCCUUUCAUUCCUCAUUCCGUGCUGACGAAUUGAUCCCUUAAUAGGUUUAACCACUUAUCUCAACUACUUACGUCUUGUUUGUGUGUCCGUUUCUCUUUUGACUACGUUUCUUCAUUGAUGCAUUCCAUGUUAACCAUGAUAUGAAUCUUUAAAGCAUGACCAAUCAGAGUAAAGGAAGCAUGGUGCUACAGUAGCCAUUCCAACAGUCCCCACACAACACCCACCCACUGGCCCCCUUUGCAUAGUCUGCUGGAUGGAAGGAGCCUGGUGCAGUUCUGCAUUUGGCCAGCAGGGGGACCCAACACCAUAUAAAACAAGCGGAGGAAAUGCCAGCGAGGACCCAUGAACACCAACCCAUCAUCUCUGCCUUAAUUACAGGCCUCUGUAUGGAAACUAAAAGCAUAUAGGGGU